GAUCUCUGCUGAUCACUUGAACGCCGACCGAGACGUGUUGAGCGCUCAGCUAGACAGAUAUAGCAGCAGCUGGAGAAACAGUGUCCCAAACAGGCACCGUAACACUGUGUGUUACUCUCCUCUAACCAUUGCUCAGUCAAACACCCUCUGGCUUUCAAACAUCGCCUCAUACGGCUGAAAUGGAGAUUUCACUUGAAGACGAUAGCGGCACCUCAUCGCCCAACUUUGAGUACAAGGGUGCUCAUCAAGCCUUCAGGGAUCGCUGGAAGGAGACCGAUGACACCAUGUGCCGCCACAGCAUGUCCUUCCACCUGCACCACACGCUGAGGAGCGAGUUCUUCGCCAGCUACCUGUACCUGCUGGAGAAGGUUCCUCUGGUGAAGCUGUUCCCGGUCACCUGUGAGUACAUCAAAGGAGAGAAACAGUUUUACUACCGAGCUCAGCAGUUCUAUGAGGACGUGCCUGCCUCAGAGGAGGGCAUGAUGGGAGAUUUUGUGGAGAUUUCCAACGUUGAUCUGGAGGGCUCCCGGCAAUUUCUGAAGAGGUUUGUGGGUCCCGGUAAGGCCGGCACACACUGUGCCCUGGACUGUGGCUCCGGGAUCGGGCGCGUGAGCAAAGGUGUCCUCCUUCCUGUGUUUGAGAAAAUGGAGCUGGCGGACAUGAUGGAGCACUUCCUGCUCCACGCGCACGAGGAGUACCUGGGCGACGACGCCGAUCGCAUUGAGACCUACUACUGCUACAACCUGCAAGAACUCACGCCUCCGAAAAACAAGUACGACGUGAUCUGGAUGCAGUGGGUGGCAUGUCACCUAACAGACAAGGACCUGAUGAACUUCCUGUUUCGAUGUAAGAAGAGCCUUCGUCCAAAUGGAGUCAUCAUAAUGAAGGAAAACAUGGCGCGGCAGGGCUGCAAGCUGGACCCCAUCGACAGCAGCAUCAGCCGCCACCUGGACAUCAUGCAGAGCAUCAUUGCCAAGGCCGGCUUGGAGGUCCUGGCUGUGGAGAAACAGGAAGGCUUCCCUGAGGUCAUCAUGCCGGUCUGGAUGAUCGCUAUGAAAUAGAAAUGUCAUUAUUACUAUGAUUGUUGUUUGCUCCAUUUGUCAGAAACUAAGAGGAAAAUAAACCCUAAAGCUGAAUUCACAUGUUAUUCCAGUUCUGUUAAAAUCUAGAUUUGUGGGGCGUCGUGUAGCUCAGUGGGUUAAGCAGGCGCCCCAUGUGUAGAGGCCACAGUCCUCGCUGCAGCUGGCCCCGGUUCGACUCCCGCAUCGGACGGCCCCUUGCUGCGUGUCAUUCCCCCUCUGUCUCUCUACUGUCCUGUCCAUUAAAGGCACAAAAAGCCCAAAAAAAUAACUUAAAAAAAAAAAAAAAAAUCUAGAUUUGUGAUUGAUUGCAAAAAAACAAAUCUUCACAAUGUCAUCAGGAGAUAAAUCCUGAAGCAGCAGUGUGGACAGCAUCAUGGCACUCAGGGUGAUUUUAUGGAGAUGGGAGGACUUUUUCUGCUUUGCGCUGAAAUGAAAUAAAACUUUACCGAAACAUUAAACUUCUACAGAAGCACUCUGUGCGUCCACAAAGCCAGGCUGUAAUUUAUUGUCCGUCGACCACCUCCAGGUUUUGUAUCGUGAUGACAUCAAACCUCGGAGCCUCAAUUCUCUGUGGGAGAGGCUUGUUCCUGUCUGAACCAGAGGGUCAUUGGAAUAACAUGUGAAUUUGGGUUUUCUGUUGGGUUUCUCCUCUGACUGAAUAGCCUGUAUCCAUUUUUGACUAAAUCAAACCUUUGAGUACAGCCUGUCAACAACAAUGAUGUAUAUGAUAGAUUGGGAUUUAAAAACAAUAUUUCACUAUUUUAUGUUUUAGUAUCCAAUAUACAGUGGCCCUGAGAUUUCAAUGCACUUCAACUUAAGAAAACACAUGCAAACACACUGCAAAUUCAGAAAAGAUCUUCAUCAAUUUGACAACACAUGCGCCGCAAAAGAAUCACAACACAUGCAAAUAAACAAACGUGCUCAGAUCAGUCCUACAACACAACGGAAGUGUUUCCAGGGGACACUAAAAAGUGAUGAACCUGGCUGGGACUUGUUGUUCAAUGCCCAUUUGUGACUUUUGAAGUUAAAAGGAUUGAAUAACAAGUGCGUUACUGCAGGUUCAUCACUUUUCAUCACUAGUUAUUUUUUGCCUUAAUUCGGAUAGCAAGAGAGAGACAAGGAGAGAGAGAGAGAGAGAGAGGAGAGAGAGAGAGAGAGAGAGAGAGAGAGAGAGGGUGAUCUGGCACACAAGGCCACGGGUUGAACUUGAACCUGAGCCACUGCAGUUAGGAUUUGACCUUCAUGCCGCGGCCCCCCCCCCCCCCCCCCCCCCCCCCCCAACACACACACACACACUCACACACUUGUGUCCGCUGGAAACACGUUGUGUUUGUUUAUUUGCAUGUGUUUUCCGGGCCGCUGCAUAGAUACGUUAUCUGGAUCAUGACAUCUGAUCACAGGCCUUUUACAUUCACAACUGCUCUUGUUAUUCUCACUUUGCCCAAAUGCAUCUCAGGUCAGGGAAACCAAGGCAGGAAUCGCUCAUAGAGAGAGCGCCUCCAGCUGCAAAAGCAAGGGUCGUGUGACAGAUGGAGACAGUUAAGCUAACGUUGAGAUGAGUUUGAGUCAACGUCGGUCAGGUCAGAAGACGACAUGUUUGAAAAUGGAAAAAAAAAAAAUCUGUGGGUGUGGAGAAAGAAAGAAGCUUCUCAUCUCUGCUGCAGGCUACAUCCCGCAGGAUACAUUAGCACCUGCUAGUAUAACACAUCCAGUUGUAUUGUGGGUAAUCUAGGCACCAGGUUUUGAAAAAAAAAAUUAUAUCUCUGGCUGUUUUUGCUGCAUUAAUCAAUUAUUUAACAUGAUAUCCUCAUCUUCCUUGACAUUUUCUUUGAUGCUUGAGAGUUUUUCCUCACUGCAGAGUAGCAUCACACAACUCUGGGAAUUCAGCAUCAAAGGUCCCAUAUUUUACACCUUUUCUGUGUUUUGUAUGAAGUUUUCAUAUCCAUAAGAAGAUAUAUUUGUAGUCUCAAUGUUGUUUUACAUCUCAGGCUUUUCUCUGGGGUUCUAGUAACAACAGGUUGAAUGAAAAUAUAGCAGAUUUCAGGUAAAACACUCAAAGAAACCAAAUCCUGCAAGGUUGAAUGGUGGGUCCAGGUGGCUUGAUGACUUUUUUGUUGUGACAUCACAAAGUCAUACACAUCCUGACGGCUGGUUUAAAGGCUCAGUUUCUGAAUACAGGCUGUGUGCAUUUCUCUGUGGACUGAGCGCUUUGAUACUUUCACAGUAUUAAUAUAGAACUUAGACCUGCUUUAUAAUCAAACAACACAUGGACAUCUACCUUUAGACUAUAUGGGACCUUUAACUUUAUUUUUUCUCCUUUGUCCUCUCUUUCUUCGUUACAGUAAAAUUGUUACCGCCAUAACUUCCGCCUCCCAUCAAUGUUCAAAGUAAAAUGAAUUUGAACUUUGCCUGCAAAACAUGGUCGAAAAUUUUUGUUUGUGAUGCAAAGUAGAUCUUGUGUGUUUGGUGCGAAGGCACUUUUAUACUGUAAGAAGAUAAUCAGAGCCAGUAGAGAAGCCUGCUAGCACCAGUGCUAGUUGGCUCACCUCUAAGACCUAUGUCCUGCACGCUGUACAGUAGCCAGUGACCUUUGAUUGUUUUGUGAUUGCUGUGCAUACUGUGUGCAUUUACAUCAGCUUCAACUUGUGUUUUUCCUGACCCAGAUAAGAUAUCCAGAUACAGACCACAUGUCAAUGACAAUAUGGCACGUAGAUACUGUUGCUUUAUAUUGCAGGAGAAAUUAUGUUCACUCAUUGUAUUUAGCACAGGUUGAUCAAAUGUAAAUAUUAAUUUUGAUUUUAUGUGAGAAUGUGUUUUAUACUUUUACUUGUAAUAUUGCAGAUAAACAGAUAUUUGAUUUUUA